AUCUUGUACAUUUGGUAGAUACCUUUUCUAUGUCACUUCUGUGCAUCGAAAUCCGCCCCUGAGUGAAGGAGAAUGCUACAUCUCGCUCAUUAUGUCUAUAAAAUAUUUUUUUCAAUUGAUUGUUGCUGCUUGAACGACCAUCUCGCGCCUGUAAAAAAUCUGAUUGACAGUUCUCAACUUUCAAGCACGAGCAAGCAUUCCCGCCUACAAUAAAGGCUGGUGAACAUUUUAUAUCCACUCUGUAUUUGCAUAGUCAGUAUUUACAAGGUUUAACUAUACAGUCAGCGAUGGUAGCAAGUAGUGGCGCCUUGAUUUGACUUCCUGACAGGCACCUCAAGCGCGUUUUUCCUUACUUUUUCAACACGAAAUAUCUAUUGUGAAGUACUUCACUUUAAGAGCUACAUUGCGUCAACCAAGAUGAAAGCCGCCGAGGAUCAGGUUGUAGAGGAUGAGGCUGGGUACCAAGAUGAUGAGGAGUCUUUUUUCCAAGACAUAGACACCCUACAGAAGCAUGGAAUUAACAUGGCAGAUUUGAAGAAGCUGAAGUCUGUGGGUAUCUGCACAGUUAAGGGGAUCCAGAUGACAACACGUAAAGCCCUGUGUAACAUAAAGGGCCUUUCGGAGGCCAAGGUGGACAAGAUCAAAGAGGCUGCUGGGAAAAUGCUGACCAAUGGUUUCCUGACAGCAUUUGAAUACAGUGCAAAGAGAAAACAAGUGUUCCGCAUCACAACUGGAAGCCUGGAGUUUGAUAAACUGCUUGGGGGAGGUAUGGAGAGCAUGGCAAUCACUGAGGCAUUUGGAGAGUUUCGGACAGGCAAGACUCAGCUGUCUCACACACUCUGUGUCACAGCUCAGCUUCCCGGAGAGGAUGGAUACACGGGUGGAAAAGUCAUCUUCAUCGACACAGAGAAUACCUUUCGUCCAGACAGGCUGAAGGACAUAGCAGAGCGGUUCAAUGUGGACCAUGACGCAGUACUGGAUAACGUUUUAUAUGCCAGAGCCUACACUAGUGAACACCAGAUGGAGCUGUUGGAUUUUGUGGCAGCCAAAUUUCAUGAGGAAGGAGGUGUCUUCAAACUUCUGGUCAUAGACUCCAUAAUGGCUCUGUUCAGAGUUGAUUUCUCUGGCCGAGGGGAGCUAGCAGAGAGACAACAGAAGCUGGCACAGAUGCUCUCACGUCUACAGAAGAUCUCUGAAGAGUACAAUGUUGCAGUGUUUGUCACCAACCAGAUGACUGCAGACCCUGGAGCUGGGAUGUCGUUUCAAGCUGAUCCCAAGAAGCCGAUUGGAGGGCACAUCCUGGCACAUGCGUCCACCACACGAAUCAGCUUGAGGAAGGGACGAGGAGAGAUGAGAAUUGCCAAGAUUUUUGACAGAUUCAUUCUUUUCCUUGAUCUCUUGAAGUCCGGAUAUGCCUGAAAACGAGGCCACUUUCGCCAUUACUCCUGGGGGAGUUGCUGAUGCCAAAGAAUGAAAGACCCUCAUCGAUUUAGGAGGAGAGGAGAGGACCCACAUAAAAUACUUGGACGUUUAUGGAAAAUCAUAAUAUAUUUAAGUAAGGAACAUUUAAAUUCCAGGCACGUGUGGAUUAUUGAAGUUAAAAACCCUUUAUUGUGUUGGCUAUAAUAUAAUUGAAAACAUUCAGCUUGUGCCUGAUUAAGCACCCUGAUGAAGGUUCCCGGAGGAGGAAAUGUGUUGCGUGUUUUAAACUAUGAUCAAUCUAAUACAAUGAAGGCUUUUAACUUUAAUAAGCCACAAGGGCCUGAAUUCAACUGGUAAACUAUUCAGUAUAGUUUUAUGUCCCUUUUCAUUAUUAUUUCCCUUCCAAGAGAACCUGUGGUAGUCUGACAACUUUGGAAAACUGAGACGCUCCUUCUAGUACUGUUUCAGAUACUGAAGUUUCUCUGUACUAUUUGGUACUUCUAUUGAUAUCACUUCAUUGAAAUGUUUUGUAAAUUCUUUAGCAUUUUAAUA